CUGGUGAAACGGCUGACCACCGAUUGGCGAGAAGUGGAGACUUUGAUCCAUACAGACAAACGACAUCUAAUCGAUGUCUUACAGCAAAACGAAACCUUUCCAUCAGCUGAAGACUUAUCAGGCGCCGCCGAAGCACUGCUUCGUCUUCAAGACACCUAUAAGUUGGACACAACAUCGUUGGCCAACGGAUUCAUUCCGGUUAGGGAUGCGAAUGGGGUUAAGAAGGGCGAGGAGGGCGUCCAACCGCCGGAGACACGGAUGGUGUUGAGGGCCAACGACUGCUUCGAGUUGGGACGACAGGCGUACGUCAAUCAAGACUAUUACCACACCGUCCUCUGGAUGCAGGAGUCGUGGGACCGCUUGGAGAAGGAGGAG